UAAAAAAAAAGUCUCAAAAUUCGAAAGAAAACUAUUAAACAACUGUCCGACGCUUAUCUCAGAGAAUCGCUCGUACAGCGUUUGCUUAGAAAUUAGAGCCCAAAACAAAUGCCCCGAAAGUUGUGUGUGUGUGUGUGUGCAAAGAAAAGGCCGAACCCGCAGAUCUUCAGACCGGUUUAACAGUGCGCUGUUAACUCGCUGUUAACCAGCUCUGUCAGCUGCCAGCUGCGACGCCAACUGCGACGCCGACUGCAUUGUUCUGGGCACUCAACUCGGACAGCUCUCAGAACCGUAGCUCGCCGCAUUUCAUUAGCUCCGCAGCCAGCGACCGGUUCAUUCCACUAUCGACGUCGCUCCCAGCGAGAUCUGUGCGCGUGCGCGGCUUCAACCCACGCGAGACGAGACGCUCGCAAGUUUAAAGCGAACUUCGACUUCGAGAAUACAUAAGAAGUGUUUAAAAGAUUGAGAUACUUGCCGAUGCUGCCGCAUAUUCUGCGCGUUUCGUUUUUUAUGCAAAUCGAUUGAUUUUAAAAAGAAAAAAAAAGAAACAACAAGAAAACCACCAACAAUCUUAAGUCACAUUUUGUCAGUUCGACGCGUGAAAGUAAAAAUUCUUUGUGCCUGAUUUGGCAUUGUGAAAUUAACAGUUAGUUGUGUUGAACAAAAGAAAUUUAGCUCUGAAUACAAGAGCAACGUCUAUUACGAAAUGCUCAUAAAAAUCGCGUAACCAACAAACAAAAACAACAACAACAACGACGAGCAGUUAAACAAGGCAAAUAGAAAACAAAAUUCAAGUCGAGCAAUUGCCGCCAAAUGAGUAAUGAGAGUUUACUUUUGUCUUUCUCUCAGUGUGUGCAUUUAUGUGUGUUUGUGUGUGCUAAUUGAUUGGCAAAAGGUGUAAAUCUUUAUUGUACAUAUUUAACGGCAUUUUCCUUUUUUGGAGCAACCAGCAAAGUGAUUGUCUGCAUUAGAGGACUUGCCGCUUAGAGGGACACAGGACUUGACUAAGCUGCAACAACAACAACAAGCACAACAACAACAAGAAGAUUUCGCACACUGUGGCCAGCGGGAGACGAGCAACAAACCGAAUGCAGUAUCUCAACUACGCACUGCAGACAUCCACGCGACUGCUGACCAGCCAGAGCCACAGCCAGAGUCAGAGCCAGAGCCAGAGCCAGACGAGCCACAAUCAGCAGCAGCUGCGCCAGCGUCAGCGUCAGCGCCACAGUCAGACAGCGGCCAUUGAGGCAGCGGCGGCGGCUAGCACGCCCAUUGAGGAGCAAAUAGCGCACGCCUGCUGCAGUCGCGGUGCCCAAUUGCUGCGACUGCGCCAACAGGAGCUGAUCAAGCGACGCGCCCUCGAGCUAGAGGAUCAGCUGAACGCCAACGACGCCAGCUGGGAUAGCGAUCCGUGCAGCAGCGAGCCCGAGGAAGGCGCUGUGGGCGGUGGCCAGCAGAAGCAGGAACAGGAUCAGGAGCAGGAUCAGGAGGAGGAGAACUCCAACGAGUCGUGUCAGCCAGUCCAAUGAAAUUUACUCUCAUUUAAUGU